ACCCCUCCCGCUCUUAUUUAGGCGCAGGCAGCUCUUUUUUUCUAGAGCCCAUCGGCCGCUAGCUGCUCGGGUACGCCAAGUACGUGCUGUACGUGCUGGUACCCCGGCGCGUGGGUCUCUUCUCCUCGACCAUCGUCACUUCCUCGGAGGCUGCGUGUGCUGGUCUGCCGCAAGUCUUUAAACGGCACGGACAUUGCACAACGCCGCUGCAAAGACAGACACUAGCAAGCAGCCUGGGGAAUAUAGAGUUGGUAAUUAUGGAUAGCACGCGAGCAGCAGCCGUGCGGUCCCGCGCCAGAACUCUUCGACGUGUCGCGGCGAUGGCGUGCCGGUCGGGACGCCAUCGAUGUCGCUUCACACAGGAGCUCGUGAAAGUGCGCCCCGAGGCAGAUGGUUGUGCUACUCGAGAGUCCGAGGCCUACGCGUCCGCGAUCUACUGGGCCGACGACGACGGGGCCUGGUGCAAACUCGGGGCCACGCAGUGGCAGUGCUUGGUGCCGGGCACCGGCGGCCUGCGCGCCGCCGCGACCGCGCGGCCCCGGGCCUGGCGUCCGUGGACGCGGCUCGUCGACGACGCCGAGGCACCCUACCUGACGUGGUUUCGGGGAGCUAUGACUAACAUCGCGCUUAGCGCCGUCGACGCGCCCGCCGCGCUGGAGGGCGCCGCCGCGGCGUACGAGGCCGUGUCCGCGGAGCACGAGCGCGACCGGCUGACGCGCGCGGAGCUGCUCGCGGCCGUCCUGGCCUGCCGCGGCGCGCUCGACCUGACGCCGGCGUCGCGCGUCUACCUUCACGCGUCUACGGGCCUCGAGCAGGCGGUCGUCUGCCACGCGCUCGCGCGGGCGGCGGCGUGCUACACGUGCACGGCGCUGGACGCGACGGACGAGGCGCUCGCGCACCGGUUCCGGGAGCUGCGGCCCGACCUCGUCGUCGCCGCGAGCGACGCCGUGACGAGGGGCGAGGCCGCGGCCGCGCGGUGUGCGCGGCUCUUCGGGGACGCCGGGCCCCGCUUCGCGGUACGUCGGGGCGACGCCAAGGCGUGGGCGGCGCGGCGCGCGCCCUACGCGCCGCCCGUCGCCGUCGGCGACGCGGCCGCGCUCAUGGUCGUCUUCACGAGCGGCUCCACGGGCAGGCCCAAGGGCCUCGUGCACGGCCACGGGGGCUACGGCGCGUGCGUCGCGCGGACGAUGGACUACGUCUUCGCGGCGCGCGCGGGACAUGAUAGGGUCCUGACGCUGGGCACCUUCGCGUGGAUCACGGGCCAGUCCUACAUGCUCUACGGGCCGGCGCUCGCGGGGUGCGCGUCGAUCCUCGUCGAGGGGUCGCUUCUCGGCGGCGACGGCCUGCGGUGGGCCCGCGUCGCGCUCAUGACAAAGGCCACCAUUCUAAAGUGCGCGGCGGCCUACGUGCGCCAGGCGAUGGCGGACCCGGAGCGGCGCGCGGCCCUCGUGAAGCUGGACCUGCCCCGGUCGUCGUUAAGGAUGGGCACGUUCUGCGCGGAGCCGCUGAGCGCCGACGUGCAGCGGUGGGCCGCGCGGCACGUCGUGGCGCCCUUCGUCAACUCGUACUGGGCCACGGAGCACGGCUCGAUCGUCGCGUCGCGCGACCCGUCGGGGCGGUCCGCGCCCGACGCGAAGUGCUGGCCGGUGCCGUGGGUGUCGGCGGCCGUCGAGGGCGCGGGCCUCGGCGACUUCGUGCUCACGGCGCCCUACGCCGGCCUCGCGCGGACCGUCUUCGCGGCCGAGGGCUACGGAUGUUCAGAGUGGCGCGGCGAUGUUGAGAGGUACGCGGCGUACUUUCGGGGGGGGCGCUUCGUCCAGGGCGACGGCGCCCGCGCCCAUCGAGACGGCGCCUUCACGUUCCACGGGCGCCGCGACGAGGUCCUGAACGUGGCGGGCGUCCGCGUCGGCGUCGAGGAGCUCGAGCGGGCCGCGUGGGCCGCGGCCGGCGGGGCCGCGCGGGACCUGGCCGUCGUCGGCGGGCCGGACGCCGUCGGCGGCCAGGUCCCCGUCGGCUGGGUCGUGCUGGCCCCCGGGGCCGCCGCGCCGGACCUGCUGCGGCGGUGGCGCGAGAGCGCGCGGGACGCCGUCGGCGGCCACGCCGAGCCCGGCGCGGUCAUCGCGGUGCCGGCGCUGCCGAAGACGGUGACCGGCAAGACCCAGCGGGGCCUGCUCCAGGCGAGUUUGGAGGGCAAGGCGGCCCUCUGCCCGGCACGCGCGCGGACCGCCGUGGCGGACGCCGGCGCGUACGCCGCGUGCCACGCGGCGGCCCAGCGCUGGCGCUAUUCGCGGGCCCGGCUCCGCGUGCCGCUGCCUCCGUCGACGUGGCGCCGGCUGGGCGUCGACGGCCACGACGUCGGCGGCUCGCCCGUGCUGCCCGCGGCGGGCUGGCUCUGCCUCCUCGCGACGGCCGCGUCCGACGCGCCGGUCGGCCUGCGGCGCGCGCGGUUCCUGCGGGGCGUCCGCGACGCCGGCGCGCCGCUGGUUCUGAGCCUGGACCGGGGGCGCGCCGCCGUCGAGGCCGGCGCCGAGACGUGCGCGACGUGCCUGUACGCCGGCGCCGCGCUCGUGGAGCUCGCGACGUGCGCGCCAACCUGCACCUACGUGCUGGACGAGGCGGGCAAGGCGCUGCACUACCGGCGCUGCGCGAGCAUCGGGCUGCGCUACUCGGCGGCGUUCGAGUGCGUCGAGCGCGUGCGCUGGUUCGCGGAUCGGAGUUUCGCCGUCGACGUCCGGCCCGAGAGCGUCGCGGCCCUAAUGGACGCGCCCCUCCAAGCCGUCUGCGCCCUACACGCGCUGAGGGGCGCCACGUUCGUGCCCGUCGGCGUCGAGCGCUGCGAGCUGCUCGACGCGGCGCGCGCGCCCGCCUUCGCGGUGGCGACGGGCCGCCUGACGGCCGCGACCGACGCGGCGCUGGCCUGCGACGUCGCCCUCCGGACGCGCGACGGCACCCUCGUCGCCACGCUGCAGGGCGCGCGGUUCGCCCGGGUGGCCGACGCGCGGCCCGGGGCCGGCCCCGGCGGCGCGGCGCGGCCCCCGCCGACGGCGGGCGCCGGCGCCGGCGACCUGCGGGGCCGGAUCCUCGCGCUCGGGGCGCAGGUCGCGGGCGCGCCGGUCGACGGCGCCAAGUCGCUCUUCGACAACGGGCUCCACUCGCUGCGCGCGGUCGAGCUCGUGGGGAAGAUCAACCGCGCGUGGCACCGGUGUGGACGUCAGCCGCCCGCGGCCGCGAGCAGACGUCCCGUCGGCGACGCGAGGGCGCCGCAGACGUUGAUGUCCGCGCAGGUUCGGCGUGGCGCUCGACGCGGCGCGGCUCGCGGACGCGGACUUCGGCGGACUGGUGGAUGCGGUGCGCGCGGCGGCGGCGACGGCGGCCGCGCCCGCCGCGGGCCGCUUCGCGCACGUGGACCGGGAGGCGCUGCAGCGCAUCGUGGACGCGCGGCUCGCGGGCGCCGAGGCGCCGCAGGCGGCGCGGUCGCUGCUCGCGGAGGCGGCGCGCGGCGUCGUCUACAUGGCCCGGCGGGGCCUCUUCCACUACCUGCGGAUCCAGUGGCGCGACGGGCUCUUCCGCUUCCUGCUCGACGCGCCGACGGCCGUCGACCUGGAGCGGGUCGUCGUCGUGCCGGGGCCGCGCGUCGCCUUCGCCCAGACGGACUACAACCGCCACUUCACGGUCCGGGAGAUCGUGCGCGACUCGGAGCGCGGCUUCUACAACCUCGUGCACGCGUCGGGGCUGGCGCACCUCGAGCACUACUUCCGGGUCAUGUUCUUCGCGAGCCGCCUCGAGGCCCGCUUCGACGCGGAGCUGCUCGAGGGCGAGGCCUACGAGAUGCGGUGCCGCGUCGCGGAGAUCACGGGGCCGCUCGUUGACGUCGAGGUCGCCUUCCACUCGCUGCGCGGCGGCCGGGACGACGACGCGGCGGCGUUCCGCGUCGUCUGGCGGCUCAUGCUCGUCGUCGACCCGCGGCGGAAGCGCAUGUACGACUUCGAGCGCGGCGAACUCGCGGGCGGCGCCGCGGCCGUGGCCCCGCCCGCGGUCGCGCGGAGGGCGUCGUCGCGGGGUCGGAAGUUCGCGCGGCGCGGCCGCCACGUGACGUCGGCGUCGGUCGCCCUCGUGCUGGUCCUCGUGGGCGCGUACGCGUUGGUGCCCGUCGGCGUCCGAUUGGCGCUCCCGCUGCCCGAAAUGGUGGCGGACGCGUUGGCGGAUCUCUCGCCGCGCGAGGCCGUCGUCGCCUUCGCGUGCCUGGGCGUAUGGCUGCGGACGCACCCCGGCCGCCGGCCGCUCCGCAGCUCCGUGGACGUGCUCCUGCCGCUCGGGUGAAGCCUGGAGGUUUGUAAUAUAUUUAGUUUGU